AUGGUAGCAGCAGUCACAGCAGCAGCAGCAGCAUUUGGAGCUUCAACAGCGGGAGAAGUGGAAAACAAAAACAAGAAAACAAGAAAAUUGAACAAGUUACCGACGCGAAUGGUCGUCGAGACGGCCAUGCUGGCUGCCAUGACAGGCUUAAGUUUCCACUUAUCGGCGUCGUUCAGAUUGGAAACCUAUUUAGGAUCUCUCUUUCCUCUUCCAAUCGUCGUAGCGUCCGCGCGGUGGGGCGACGUCGCCGCUUGGAGAACUUUAUUGGUGGCGUUCCUUUUGUUGACAUUACUUAGCGGUCCUUUACGCGCCUCAAAUUACGCGUGUUUGCAUGGUUUCACCGGCCUAGCCUUGGGAAUGUGUUGGAAGAGAAAGUUCUCUUGGGUGCAGAGCGUGCCUAUAUCUGCGCUCGCUCGAACCAUCGGCGUCUUUUCGUCUCUCGCGAUUUCCUCUUUAGUUAUUCGAGAAAAUGUCCUUCGCUUAAUGGUUCAGCAAGUCUACGCGUUGAUUGAUCAAAUUUGCGCGACUCUGGGAGCAACGUUCGUUCCAAACAUGACGGCCAUUUUGUGCGUUGCUUUUGUAUUUGUGAUUUUGAAUUCGUUAUCGUAUACACUCAUUCUCCACUUGGUGUAUUCAAUAGCCUUAGUCACUGCCACGCCUGAUGGAAAUUUCUCCAACGCUCCACUCAAAGUUCGCAGAUCGUUAGGAUUACCCUCGGCAUUCAUGCAGUAA